UUACGCUGUUAAGAUAAGAACUUUAAAAUUAUUUGUACACAUGCAGGUGCAGUGUUUUUUCACCAAAGGUUACAUUCUAACUCAAACUGGCAUAGUUUUUUUUAUUGGACUGAAAGCAUGAUUUCUACAGAAAAUCUAGUUAUAACUUUCUGCUUGACUACAUUAUGUAUUGUAUUAGUUCAAUCUCAGAUAGGCCCUCCAUACCCUGUGACAGCGGCAUGGUUCAGGGACAGAUUUUCUAGUAAUGAGUGGAGCAGCAGCCUGGAAACAUUCAAGAAACAAGGUGGUGACACCAUAUUUCUCAGGGCGCCACCUAUCAUUCAGAGAACAAGGCAGGAUAUGAUGGGGGACCUCAACUUCAUUUGGUGCGGUAGCUACAAGCAGAGCAACCCAGCCUGGGGUGAGAGGUGCUACGAUGAGGCCAUACAGGAUUUAAAUGACAUGAACCUUGUGGUGAGUGCAAUAGUCACAUACCAGUAUGAGGAAAACUUUAGCGAUGACAUAAUGCUGUGCCCAAAGUAUGACAAAAAGAUCAUCAGCUCUAGGAUCUACUACAGAAUUGUUCUUCCUGGCAAAUACACAGAAUAUAAUUCAUCAGCACCAUGCGACUAUAAGCCAGGAUCAAACGUUGUUGUCCUAUUCACCAGCUUUGCUGGCACAGAUCCACAUGAGCUGCUACUUCAGGAGGCCUACAAACAGGGACUAAAUGUUUAUUUUGGUUUGCCAGGAAUCCCAAAUAAUUUUGAUUCUGAAAUCAUGCCAGCAUACUAUGUCUGGGUGGAAAGAAUUAUACAAGAGCAUCAUUCAAGGUACAGUAACAUGAAGGCAACUGCUGAGCUCUCAAAAACAACCAACUAUCACAGUCUACAUGAUAAACCAACACUCUAUGAUGCUCUGGAAGGAUACUAUGGAACAGAUGAAUGCUGUCUUGCACAAAUAACUGCUGCCAGCCCCUAUGUUACACUAUACACCAAAAUUGGUGGCUGGGUCAAAGGUCAUGAGAAAAAGUUUGCCAUAUCUCCAUACAUAGAUCUUAACAGGUCCCAAUUAAAUGGCACAGUCACUGAUCAUGUGACAGGGUUUGUGGCUAUUGCUCAAACUAGGUCAGUGGAUAUUAUUGCUGUACAAGAAGGGAGAGGGGCAGCAAAAGGUUGUUACUAUUGGCCAAAGGAGAUCAAUGAUCCAGUGUUCCUCAGAGAUCCUGUACUCGACAAAGCUAUUCACUACCUGAACCCAACUUUGAAACCAAAUGUUACCUUUACAGAGGCUUUCUCUGCAAGCAACAGGGAGAUAUUUGCUGCUUUCCAGAAAGCACAACAAGGACUUGCAAACACAGGUGUCAAGUUUGACUUUUGGUUAAAUGCUGAGGCAUUUGAAUACCUUAGAGAUGACCCAUGUUUACCUGUUGAUGUUAUGGCUUCAGGAAUGGGUGAACUGUUAGAUCGCACAAGUAAAGAGCGCCUGGACACAGCCAUAAGUGUUGCUGGGGCUAAGGUACAAAAAAUAAUUUCCUUUGCCUGGGAUUCUGACUACAUCUGCAAAACUAGGCAAAUUAAAGCCAACCUAAAUGAAGAAAUAAUGCAAGAUCUUCAGCGCCCCAUCAUAGCUAACUGCUCUUUCAACAGCUAUCAAAAUCUUUCAGUUGUUAUACUGGGUUUUAACUUAGAUGCUGAGACUCAAGCUUUCACAGUCCAGUGGACCGACACCAGGGGAAGAAACAGAACCAAUAAUAUCCAUGGAUACUUAUUUGAGUUGGAUUAUGGUGAGCGUCACAACCUAGUCUCAUCACUCCAGUAUGUCAUGUUAUGGAACAUCCAGGAAAUGGUUCUGUCCCUAGCACCUAAAGGCACUAUUGAGGUUUCAGCAGAUAGUGCAAGACAAUCUUGUUACUUUGAUUAUGACUUACCUUACUGACACUAUCAUAUCUACAGUAGUGCACAAAUACUUAACAUUAAUUACAAUCAAAUUAUGUUAUAUUGAUGCUUUGGCUUCAACA